AUGGCUCCCCUAGCCCAGUCCUUGCAAAAGAAGUGGAAGCAUUUGCGAGAUAACUUCGGAAGGGAAUUAAAGAGACAAAAGACUCUACUAUCCAGGUCACAGGCAAGAAAGGGCACCUACAUAUAUUUUAGGAGACUGCAGUUUCUUGAAGGUUCACUUUCCAAUAAGGAAACUAUCAGUAAUAUUGAAAAUGAUGGGAACGGACUGUGUGAUGACGUUGAUGUGACAGGAGAACAUGGCGAGAAGGGAAGUACAUCUACAUCAACAAAGAAAAAAAUGAAGCUAAAUCCAGGUGAUCUGCAUAUCGCUAAUAUUUUGGAACGAAGUUUGUUGGCGAGACAAAAUGAAGAAGAAAAACAGAAUGAUGAGGAUAAAUUAUUUUGCUUGUCACUCUACAAAGAAAUGAAGAAGGUGCCAGAAAGCAGUCGUUUAAUGACCAAAAUUGAGCUACUAAAUGUAGUUCAUCGUGCUCAGACACUUGGAACUCAGCAUCCAAUACAGCCAGUUCAGUAUGCAAACUCCUUUACUCAACCAUUUCCACAUUACUCAGGACACACUGGUCAACCCCACACACCAUCAUCACCUUCAGAAGUUCAUCCCAUGAUUCCUUCACCAGGUGCAACAAGUCAUGGUUCUGACACACAGUCAGACUACAUAGAUCUUUUUGAACAGUAAUAAAAACAAAUCGUAAAAGUGUGUGCCAAAUGUUGAGUUUUCACCCAAUGUUCUUCAAAUGUGAAAACAGAAGGAAUAACUUAUCUUCUCCCUAUUUUAUAUUUCACUCCAAUUUCGCCUGGUGUUAUGAUGUUUUCACUUUGAGAGGAAACAAUUAAAUUGUAAAGAAUGGUAAUUUUCAAU